AUGGAAGGGAUGGCCACCGAAGCCAUGCAUGCCCUGUGCUUAUUGUUUCUUCUCUUUGGCCAGCUGGUGUCUGCUCUACGGUACGAUGUCAAGUUGACAGAUUACAAUAUCAACGAGAACAAGACUGCAACAAGAGUACUCGACUACUCGGGAAAAUGGCCCGGACACACAUACAACCCGUCACCUUCGAAUUGGAGAUUUCCGUUCUACACGCUCUUCCUUGAUCGAUUUGCCGACGGCGACCCAGAGAACAACGAUAUCAAUGGGACUGUUUUUGAAACCGACACAUUCUCGAAUCAGUAUCGGUUUGGAGGAGAUCUGGCUGGUCUGGAGGAUAGCUUGGACUACAUCCAGGGUAUUGGUAUCAAGGGAGUCUAUAUUGCCGGCACCCCAUUUGAAAACUUCCCUUGGAAGUCGGAUAGCUAUUCGCCUCUCGAUUUCAGCUUGCUGGACAAACAUUAUGGCACAAUUCAACAGUGGAGAUCGGCGAUAGAUGAGAUUCACCGACGCGGGAUGUAUGUGAUGAUUGACAGUACCUAUGGCACCAUGGCAGAUUUGCUGGGUUUUGAAGGGUUUCUCAAUAACAGCGCUCCUUUGAACCCACUCGAAUACAGGACCGUGUGGAAAGGAGACGAGAGAUACUCAGACUUUGCUCCAAGUGAUACUUACAACGAGCAAUGCAACUAUCCUACAUUUUACGGCGAACUGGGGUCUCCCGUCUCCAACACAUCUGACCCUCUUCUGGCACAAUUCAAGGGCUGCUAUGACAGUGAAUUUGACCAAUACGGCGCUAUCGACUCCGUGAGCCUCACCCCCGACUGGCAAAAGUCCUUGGCCAAAGCAGGCUUGGUGCAGGACCGACUACGAGAAUGGGUCCCCUCUGUGAGACGGAAGAUCGAGCAUUUCACCUGCAUGUUGAUGACAUCGCUGGACAUCGACGCGCUCCGGUUCGACAAAGCAGGUCAAAUAACCGUCGAUGCAUUCGUCAGUAGCUCUCAAGCUAUUCGUGAAUGUGCGGCUAGUCUAGGCAAAGACAACUUCUUCAUCGGAGGUGAACUGACGGCAAGCAACUCAUAUGCGUCGAUCUUUUUGGGGCGCGGUCGGGAGCCGGAUAUGAGACCACAAAGUCAGAAGGAGGGCAUAUCUCUUAGCAAUGCCUCGAGCGAUCGGUAUUUUCUUCGGGAGCCCGAGGAACACGGCGCAGAUGCAGCGGUGUUCCACUACAGUAUCUACCGUGCUCUAACCAGGUUCCUGGGCAUGGAUGGCAACUUCACGGCACCCGGUGAUCUGAGCGUCAACUUUGUGGAUGCUUGGAACAACAUACUGAUCACGAACGACCUCAUCAAUGCCAAUACAGGCAAGUUUGAUCCGAGACAUAUGAUGGGAACUGCCAACCAAGAUACAUUCCGAUGGUCGUCGCUCAAACAAGGCACCGAGAAGAUGCUACUGGGACAAUUCAUCACCUCUAUCCACAUGCCUGGGAUCCCAGUCUUGCUGUGGGGCGAAGAGCAAGCGUUCUACAUACUCGACAGCACAAGCCCCCUCGGCGUCUUUGGUCGACAGCCGAUGUCAUCCGCGCCGUCCUGGCAGACACAAGGAUGUUAUGGACUUGGAUCCAGUCAAUACAAUGAAUUUCCGAUCGAGUCUGCAUUGACUGGAUGUCAUGAUGAUGAGGUGAGCAUGGAUCACCGCGACCCCACACACCCAGUACGCAACAUCAUCAAGGCAUUCUACUAUCUCCGCGAGAGAUUCCCUGCUCUCAAAGAUGGCUAUUAUCUUCAAAGCUUAUCGAAGCAUAUCCAUAAUGUCACACUCCCAGGAUCGGGGGGCACAGAAACCGAACUGGGAAUAUGGAGUGUCCUUCGCGACCAGUACCCUGAAGUGAAUGAGCUUGACCCGUCCAACAAGACUGCAGUCUGGCUUGUCUAUGGCAAUGAAAACAGCUCGGUCACAUAUGAAUUCGACUGCACCUCGCCUGUGAAGAGCUUUCUUGCACCUUUCAAGGGAGGCACCCAAGUCAAGAAUUUGCUCGCACCCUUCGACGAGCUCACCUUGAGGCCAAGUCAGGUCAAGCUAGGGAUUCACGGUUCUGAAGAUACCAAUGGUUGCAUAGAGCGAAUAACCUUGAAACCAUUCGAGUUCAGAGCCUAUGUGCCGAAAGCACAAUGGAUAUCUCCCCAAGCAGUAAUGACUGGAUUCACCCCGGGCCAUGACGCCAGAAUCGAGUCAAAUACGACCACCACAGAAGAGCAAAGUGUUGAAAUCGAGCUGCGAUUCUCAGAGAAACUCGACUGUGACAUGGUCACCAAGAGCAUGACCAUAUCAUCGACGACACAGAGUGGGAAAAAGGUAAACUUGAACGCAGAGAGUGUCUCAUGUGAUCUGGUCACAGCCGAGAAGACGAAAUACACCGGACAAAUUCCAAGUGCGUGGUCCUGGAAAGCAACUCUCGACAAUGUCACUCACGGCAUACACGUUCUCACGGUCAAGAAUGCUUCGACAGCAACAAAAUCUCGCUUCACCAACUCUGUUGAUCGGCUGCUAUUCCGCAUCGGGCGCGAAGACAAUCCCAUGGUGUUUCCGAUGCUAGCGAACUAUACUGAAACCGGACUUACCAAGUUCACCGAAAAGAACGGCUUUUUGGUGAAGCACAAAGCCCCUGGUGCGGAUAAAUGGCGCUACACAACCAACUGGGCCAGCUCUUGGAGUUCCUGGAGACCAUACAAAGGGGGUUCAAGCGAGAUUGACAACUUGCCUUGGUCUGGGACCAAGAAACAAGAAUGGGACGGAGACCACGUCAUUCUACAGUACUGGAGUAAAGCCACUGGAAGUGGUCAACACAUCCAACACAUGGAUACCCGCAAGUCCGACAAGGCUCAGAGGCGAUUCCCCCACUUGUUUGCAUUUGGCGACUUCAAUCGUUUCGGCUCGGAUAUCGGACUCAGGAACAUUUUCUCCAACGACCACAGUGGUACUUGGAAGUUUCACUUGUCAGCUGAGUGGCCAUCUACAUUCCAAGUGAAUGUGUGGGGAGUCAAUCCUGAUAAGGAGAUCGAUCGAACAUUCGUUUUUGGGGACACUCUCAACAGCAGUCGGCUGAAUCGCUUACAACCCGACUCACUCUCGGUUGCCGAUAACGUGGUGAAUUUUUCCCAGUUCCCGCCAGCACCCUACAUGGCCUACCGUAUGGAACUGAAUGAUGGAAACAUGAACUUUGAACUUGUCCCCGCGGGCCUGCGCCUCCAUCAGCAAGUGCUGUACAUAUUGUUGUGGACACUCCCUAUCCUCACUGCUGGAUUCAGCGUUUGGGUUUAUAUGGGCGCAUUUUACCAUAUCAACUUCAACCGCACCGGUGUCAGUCUACCGCUGCAAUUCCUCCCAGCCUUUCUUCGACCCCGUCAAGGGUUUGAAAAGGUCAGUGGUGAUGAUCAAGGCGGCAAUCCCAUGACAGAAAUGACGAUUUCGAACGCUGCGGGCGUCCUCCCUUUGGCUGUCGCUGGAGCGAACAAGAAGAAACGGACAAUUUUGCUGGCAACCAUGGAGUAUGACAUUGAAGAUUGGAAGAUCAAAAUCAAAAUCGGCGGACUUGGCGUUAUGGCACAACUCAUGGGAAACAAUCUUCCCCAUCACGACUUGAUCUGGGUGGUACCAUGCGUCGGGGGCAUUGACUACCCAAUCGACACACUGGGCGAGCCAAUGUCCAUCACAAUCGUCGACACAGUCUACGAAGUCCAGGUUCAGUAUCACAAGUUCCGGAACAUCACCUAUGUACUGCUAGAUGCCCCGAUCUUCCGCCAGCAAACCAAGUCAGAUCCUUAUCCUCCCAGGAUGGACGAUUUGGAGAGUGCGAUCUAUUACAGUGCAUGGAACAGCUGCAUAGCUGAGACAAUCAAGCGAUUCUCGGGAACCAUCGACAUCUAUCACAUCAACGAUUACCAUGGCGCAGUGGCACCCCUCUACCUACUUCCCGGGAGCAUUCCUUGCUGUUUAUCCUUACACAAUGCUGAGUUCCAGGGGUUGUGGCCGCUUCGUGAUGACAAGGAUAUGGAGGAGAUAAGCAAAGUCUUCAACCUGGAUGUCACCAUUAUUCGCAAUUACGUCCAAUUUGGUGAAGUUUUCAAUCUACUUCAUGCCGGAGCCAGCUAUCUUCGUGUCCAUCAGCGCGGUUUCGGUGCUGUUGGUGUAUCUAACAAGUACGGUGAUCGCUCUUACGCACGAUACCCGAUCUUCUGGGGCUUGAAGGAAAUUGGUAAACUUCCCAACCCAGACCCUUCCGACACAGAGCCCUGGGAUCCCGAGGCAGAGGCACGCCAGGUAAUCGAAGUUGAUCAGGCAUACGAAGACUCUCGUGGUGAAGACCGCCGCCAAGCACAGCAGUGGGCAGGGCUCAAAGUUGACCCUACCGCCGAGUUGUUUGUCUUCGUUGGUCGAUGGUCACUUCAAAAGGGCGUGGACCUUAUCGCUGACGUCUUCCCUGCAAUUCUGGAGCGGCACUCCAAUGUGCAGCUCAUUUGUAUCGGUCCGGUGAUUGACAUGUACGGCAAGUUUGCUGCCCUCAAACUACAGGAGAUGAUGACCGUGUACCCAAAGCGGGUGUUCUCGAAGCCUGAGUUCACUGCUUUGCCUCCCUUUAUCUUCACAGGGGCCGAAUUUGCUCUGAUCCCUUCCCGCGACGAACCAUUUGGUCUAGUGGCAGUUGAAUUCGGCCGAAAAGGUGCCCUCGGUGUUGGCGCUUUAGUUGGUGGACUCGGGCAGAUGCCAGGCUGGUGGUUCCCAGUCGAGUCCAUGACAGUGAAACAUCUCCAGAAGCAAUUCAAAUCGGCAAUUGAAAGUGCGAUAUCUUCGAAACAGAAGGAUCGGGCUUUGAUGCGAGCAAGUUCAGCCAAGCAACGAUUCCCAGUGGCUCGGUGGAUCGAAGACCUUGAUCACUUGCAAUUACGCUCCAUUCGCAUGCAUGAACAAGAGAAUGAUCCUACCAGAAAGAAGCGCUCGAGUAUCUUGCACAGCCGGAACGCCAGCCAGAUCUCGCUUUCCUCGGUCCCCUUCCCAAGUCCAAACAUCGACAUGACCAUUCCAAGAGGCUCCCCGCCCCGCAUUCCAGACGAGGGCUUGGGCCGGUCGCUGUCCCUCGGUGUACGUUCUGGUCCGGGUCACCGUCCGAGGCGAACUGUUCUACAUGAGGGUACUGCCUUGACUCCUCGAUUGGAAGAAAUUGCCGAUCCAGAUGAACAGCCCAUAUCGUCAGAGGAGGCAGAGGCAAUUGUGGAACAGGAACUCCGGGCACUUUCAUCAUCUACGAAUUAUGACACGGAGUCUCGGAGAGGCCGGUCUCUGUCUGGAACUCUGGCUCAGCCCCCGGCAGCAGCAGGCCUAGGAAUAGAUAUUGCUCGUUCGACAUCCAGAAGAGGCAGACUGAGAUCUUCUUCUGUUUUGAGCGUGGAUCAAAUCAAGGGGACGCGUCAAAGUUUUGCCUUGGAGAACGCAGACCCUACCUUCAAGGACGAGACUGGGAAAUAUGCACGCUACUUCCAGGGUAUGUUGCAGCGGUUGAACGGCAAAAACUCGGAGAGUGAGCUUUGUAUCGAGGACUACAUCGUCAACAGCGAGAAAGAAUGGUCCGACAACCAACGUCAAAUCAAGUUGGGUCGUAGAUCCAGCCGCAGUCCAUCGCCCUAUCUCGGAUCUCGAAGCUCACCAUCUCUGACCGACCAAGCGGACGGUGAUCUUGAUGACGAUGCGUCUAACUGGGAGGAUUUGUCAACGCACGAGCUCUUGUGA